GGGCGAAUCCAAAAUAAAUUAUUAUCAAAUGGGAUUGAAGUAACUGUGAGUGAUGUUCGCCCAUAGUAUACCAUAUUCCUUAUUAUUAAAAUGAUGAGAAGUGGACUUCUUUAGCAUUGUAGAAAAUGACUUGUGAAGCCGGCGGUGUUGCAAGCAGCGGCUUACAGGUGGCAGUCAUUCAUUCAACUCAACCUUUGCUGCCUUAAAUCUCCAAGCAAUCCUCUACUGUUUGAUCUCAUCCUCACCGUUCAUUUUGCAAGGGCAGUCAAGUCAUGUAACUCCCUCCAAUAUAAAUAUGCAACCAAGUCCAAGACUUGGUAGAGGGAGAUAAGUUGACAGUUGAAAAUUCAGUCUGGUUCUCAUUUCGCUGCUGCUCAUUUAGCUAGUUAGUGCUGAAAAUGCGUGAGAUUCUUCACAUUCAAGGAGGACAAUGUGGAAACCAAAUAGGAACAAAGUUUUGGGAAGCGGUAUGCCACGAGCACGGGAUUGACCCCAUAGGGCAAUACAUAGGGAACUCCAAACUUCAACAACUGGAACGAGUUAAUGUUUAUUACAAUGAAGGAACCAGCGGUCGUUACGUACCACGGGCAGUGCUGAUGGACCUUGAACCAGGCACCAUGGAUGCCGUCCGGACCGGCCCUUACGGGCAGAUUUUCCGACCAGACAAUUUUGUAUUUGGCCAGUCUGGUGCUGGAAACAAUUUCGCCAAAGGUCAUUACACUGAGGGUGCUGAGCUCAUUGACUUUGUCCUUGAUGUUGUAAGGAAAGAGACUGAGAAUUGUGAUUGCUUGCAAGGAUUUCAAGUGUGUCACUCCCUAGGAGGUGGAACAGGUUCUGGAAUGGGAACCCUGCUGAUUUCAAAGAUCAGAGAGGAAUACCCUGAUCGAAUGAUGCUCACUUUCUCUGUCUUUCCAUCUCCAAAGGUGUCAGACACUGUUGUUGAGCCUUACAAUGCAACACUUUCAGUUCACCAGUUGGUGGAGAAUGCUGAUGAGUGUAUGGUCCUUGAUAAUGAAGCACUCUAUGACAUCUGUUUUAGGACCCUCAAACUCACCACGCCAAGCUUUGGUGAUUUGAAUCAUUUGAUAUCAGCAACAAUGAGUGGAGUGACUUGUUGCCUAAGAUUCCCGGGUCAGUUGAAUUCAGACCUGCGAAAGCUAGCAGUGAACUUGGUCCCAUUUCCACGACUUCAUUUCUUCAUGGUUGGUUUCGCUCCUCUGACAUCUCAAGGAUCACAGAACUACCGUGCGCUUACUGUGCCAGAACUUACGCAACAGAUGUGGGAUGCCAAGAACAUGAUGUGUGCUGCAGAUCCACGCCAUGGCCGUUAUUUAACAGCCUCGGCGGUGUUCAGAGGGAAAAUGAGCACAAAAGAGGUGGAUGAACAGGUUAUGAAUGUACAGAACAAGAACUCUUCUUACUUUGUUGAAUGGAUUCCAAAUAAUGUGAAGUCCAGUGUCUGUGAUGUCCCGCCGAGAGGCCUUUCAAUGGCUUCGACAUUUGUUGGUAAUUCGACUUCUAUACAGGAGAUGUUUAGGAGAGUGAGUGAACAGUUUGCAGCCAUGUUUAGAAGGAAAGCCUUCUUGCAUUGGUAUACUGGAGAAGGAAUGGAUGAGAUGGAAUUUACUGAAGCGGAAAGCAAUAUGAAUGACCUUGUUGCUGAAUAUCAACAGUAUCAAGAUGCCCCUGUUGUUGAAGAUGAUGAUUACCAAGAAGAAGAAGAGGAUGCUCAAAGCUGAAGAUGUUCUGCAAAUCUGAUGUUUUGCAUACUGCAAGCAAUGUGAUAAUAAUAUGUUAUAGUUUUGGUUUUCUAAAUGUAUGGUCAAGUGUGUGGUUUUGCUGGUGUUGCUACUUGUUGUCGCAUACCUUUAUUAUACAAAGGCUACUUCAAUAACAGUUUCUUGAUAUGAUAACAGUCACCAA